AUGGUGGGCCACCAACCACCUUCCUUACCUCCUAUUCGAGCCCCCCCAGGGGCCCCGCGCGCCCCCUACUGGACCCCCCUCAGGAGCCGUCGGGCGGAAAUAGCGCGCGGCCCCUUUAAAUUUGCCCAGGAGCCCCCCCCAGGAGCCCCGCGCGCCCCCUACCGGACCCCCCCCCCUCAGGAGCUGAGCCCCGCAAAGAGAGGAGAGGAGCCCCCAGGGGCCCCGCGCCACGCCCCCCCAUCCCUCCCUCCCUCCCUCCCCGGCCGCCGCGCACCCACGGCCCCCGCCGGCGGGCACGAGCCCGGGGAAGGCCCGCUGCUGCUGCUCGCCUGCCCCGGGGGCCCCGGAGGCCCUGGAGGCCGCCCGCGACACGACGGCGACGGCAGAGGCUGUCAUUUGCCCAAGCUCCAGGCUGUAUCCAGGAAGCAGAAAGGAGUCAAGCAGCAUAAAGGAAAGGCCAGCAGUCACAGGACCAAUAAGGGGGGAAAAGGGCAAGGUCUGCAGCCCGAGGGGGAUGCCCCAGGACCCUGGGGGAGCACCCCCAUCUCCUCCCCCAGGUCCGGGGGCCUGGGCCCGCCCGCCGGGCGGAAGUACUCGGACCACUGCGAGGCGUGGGCUUCCCGGCCUGGCAAGAGCCGCAUCCCCGGCCGCGACCACCGGCGCUACUACCACGACCACUGGCGACUGGAAUACCUGAUGGACUUCAACCCUCCGCGGCACGGCAUGGUGUGCAUGGUGUGCGGCAGCUCCCUGGCCACCCUCAAGCUCAGCACCAUCAAGCGCCACAUCCGCCAGAAACACCCAUACUCCCUGUACUGGAGCCCCCGCCAGAAGGAGAUCAUCAGCAGCAGCUGGGACGCUCAUCUGGGGCUGGGGGCCGGGGGCGAGGGGCCGGGGGCUGGGGAAGAGCAAGGGGCGGAGGAGGAAGAAGAGGAAGAGGAGGAAGGGGGGACAGACCCACCCGCCCACCUGUUGAAGAGCUCAGGCAAUUCCCCAGCCCCUGAGGGCUGCUGGCGGCGUGGGGGUCCCUCGGCUCCCCGGGCCUGGCGCGCCUCUGCGGCCCGGUGGGCGGGGGGCGGGGGUGGGUGGGGGCAGAGUUUGGAGCGGCAGCUGAAGGAGUCUCUGCAGAGCUGGUUCCGGGCCGAGUUCCUCAUGGAUUACGACCCGCGGGGGAACCGGCUGGUGUGCAUGGUCUGCUGGCAGGCGCUGCCCAGCCUCCACCUGGACGACAUCCGUGCCCACGUGCUGGAGGUCCACCCGGGCACCCUGGGGCUCACCGCUCCCCAGCGCUGCGCCCUGCUGCGGGCCUGGGGCGCCUGGGCCGAGGGCCCGGCGGGGCCCCCUUCAGAUGAUGACGUCGCCCCCCAGGACUUGAGCAGCAAAGCCAGCGGCCUGGCCCCUCCCUCCGGCGGCACCCCCUCACCCCCGGAGCCCAGCUCCUUGGGAGCGGACGGAGAGCUGGGCUGGGGGGUGGGGAGCCCUAGGGAGAAGGAGGAGAAGGAAGAGAAGGGGGCCUGGGCGUCCCCCAGCAUGGCCCGGGGCCGAGACCACCGGCGGUACUACCAAGAGCGCUGGCGGCUGGAGUACCUGAUGGACUAUGAUGGGGGCCGGCGGGGGCUGGUUUGCAUGGUGUGCGGGGGGGUCCUGGCCACGCUCAAGGUCAGCACCAUCAAGAGGCACAUCCACCAGCGCCACCCGGGCUCCACCCAGCUCAGCGGCCCCGUCAAGGCCCUCAUCGCUCGGGAGUGGAGCCGCCAGGCUCCCCGCCUGCUGGGCCUGGGGCCGGGGCCGCCCUUCCUGGAGCUGUCAGGGGGGGCCGGGGGGGACCCUGUCGCCGCUGCCACAACCCUGCAGGGGGACGGGGAGGAGGAGGAGGAGGUGGUGGUGAAGGAGGAGGCGGUGGUGGAGGAAGAGGAAAAGUGGGCAGACCCUCGUCUGUCUUCUGAAGAGCCAGCCGGCGAGGAGGAGGAGGAGGAGCAGGAAGAGGAAGAAGAGAGCCUGAGCCUUCCCAUGAGGGCGCCCCCGCCCCCGCCCCCGCAGCCCCUCACCCCGCGCAGCCGGGAGCAGCGGCGCUACUACCAGCCACGCUGGCGGAGCGAGUACCUGAUGGACUACGACGGGGGCCGGCGGGGGCUGGUCUGUAUGGUGUGCGGGGGGGCCCUGGCCACGCUCAAGGUCAGCACCAUCAAACGACACAUCCUGCAGGUCCACCCCUUCUCCCUGGAGUUCUCCCCCCAGGAGCGGCAGACCAUCCUGGAGGCCUACGAGGAGGCCGCCCUGCGCUGCUACGGGCAGGAGGGCUUCAGGGGCCCGGCCCAGACGCCCGGCCCCAAAGCCGAGGUCAAGGCCGGGGUUGGGGGAGCCACCUGCAAGGCGUAGCUGAGGAGGGCAGGAGCGGGGUCGAGGGUAGGGGAGAGGUCCCCCCCCCCUCGCCUCCCUGGGGAAGGGGUGGUCAACACCGCCCGGCCCUUAGGAGCCGUUAGAGCCAGGCCGGGCCCUCGGACUCUCUUCUCCUGGAGGUGGGGCGGGGACCCACCCCCAUGGGACCGAGCUGGGACCGGGGCCUGGCUAAUUGGAAGAUCUCCUCGCUCCCCAUCCCUCCCUGGCUCUCUCCCUGCCCGGCUACACCCCUGGUUGUCACCCCAACCUUGUCCCUGGGAGCAAAAAAGGGGCCCAGGGCGGUGGUUUCCGCCUGGGCCCACACGUGGUGCUGGGCUGGUGGGACCGGCGUGGAGCCACAAGGACAGGACUGUCAUUGCACCUUGGUUUUUGGUGUUCACAGCUCAAACUGCCCUUGACCCCCUCUCACCCUGAGCCUCGACUUUACCCUCCUUGGGGCUGUCUAUUUCUCCCCCCUCCAUCCCGCUGGAACGGGGGGCUGCUCUCUUCCCUCUGGGGAAAGGCGUAAGCCUUUGCCCCACAGCCGGAAUAAAGAAGUGGGGCUGGAAGACUAAAAGGGGGCCUUUGCAGGACCUCUGUCUGGCCGCCCCCCAGGCCUGGCCUUCUCCGCGGGGCGGGGGGCGCUGGGCCCAGGGUGGGACGGGGCAGCAAGUGAGACUUCCCCCACCCUUUUUCUUUUUGCUCCGACGACCCCCAAGGGGCUGAAAUGCUAAAACGAGGAGGGGGGAGGCCCUACCAUAAUCAGUAUUAUGGCCCGUGGAGGGCAUGAGGGAAGACAGCCUGAGUCCUCGGCUAGCGGGGUGGUCUCCCGUGCCCUAUUGCACAUGAAGAGACGCUUGCUUAUUUCACGGGGGAUCCGGACCUCCCACGUGGCCAAGCUUGCUCCAGACCUCAGUGGAGUUGGCUGGGGGGCGGGCUGGAAAAAGGAGACCCUCGUCCAGAUGACUGAAGGACUUGUGGCCUGGGCGGGCAGGGGGUGUGAGGAACCUCAUUUGGGUCUUCAGCUUCUGGGUGGGAAAAAGAAGUGUGGCUUAGGUGGCAGGAGGAGGAGCAUGAAAUGUGCCCAGGAAGGGGGCACCUGGGCAGGGCCUCCCGCCCCCUCCCCAUCUCCCACCCUCUUCCUUUCCGCCUCCUGCUCGGAUGGGUGGGCAUGAUGCCUUCGAUGCCAGCUUUCCCUUCAUUCCCCAGGGGGUCUAAGACCCUCAGAGUGGUGGGGAGCUGGGAGAGAGAGCAUGUGAUGACAGUAUUAUUACACGACCAUGUGAAAAGGGCCGCUUUGGGCCUGAAUCCCCCUGCGUGGGGUCCAGGGAGAGCCGGGCCUUGGGAGCUGCGGGCAAGGGAUUAGCACUUUUUUCAUUGUAAACACACUCCUGGGGUCCAAGUGACCCACCUCCCCAUGCCCAAUUCUGCCUUGCGAGACGAGAAGGUGGGGGGGUCCUGUCGCCCCGCUCUUCCACGGAUGGUACAAGGCCACGGAUGAGGGGUGGUCUCUUGCCACCGUCCCCCCGGGCUGUCGCUUGGAUUUGACUCCAAAAUGGGAGCCCCGGGACUGAUCGCAGAGGGGACCCUCCAAACCUUCCCGGCCCCGUGGGGCCGAGGGUCUCCGGGGCCGGGUGGGUGAAGUCACCCGGGGGUGUUUUGACUCAUUCUCUCCUGUGGAGAACAGCUGGCCCUGCCAUCAGGCCUUUCUGCGCUUAUUUUUAUUUUAUUUUGAAGCCGUAUUUAAUGCUUUUAUAUUGAAA